AUGCCUCCCACCUCAACAAACAACAUCGCCUUCACCUCACCCAUCAACCCCCCCGGCGCAUCCCCGACCCUCACCCGCCCCCAGAUAUGGCGCAUGCUGCAGCUCAAGGUCCGCUCGGCGGAGACUUUCGUCCCCAACGCCAUCCAAUCCACGACCGUGCUGUCCACCACCCCAGCCAGCGACAAUGCCGGUGCCGUCACGGUCCGCGAGGUGAUGUUCCGAGAAGCUCAGCGCGUGGUGAGGGAGGUGGUGACGGAAUUCGAGGAUGCGAGGGUCGAGUUUGAGCAGCCGGAUGGGAGCCGAAUUAGUAAUGUUGUGAGUGAGGGCGCCGAUGGCGAGCUAUACAUGACUUAUAUCUUUGAAUGGAGGCACCCUGGCAUGAAGGAGGAAGAGCUGGAGGCGCUGAAGGCGAAGGAGAGGAAGAUGAGCCGGAUGGCUGUGGAGGGGACGAUCGAGGCUAUGAGGAAACUGGUGAGUGAAGGGAAGUACUGA